CUUAUAGACACCUUUUUUGGCAGAUUCUUGUUGAUUUGAUUUGUUAAUCUUUUGGGCUUAUGUGAGUGAAAUAAUUGUAAUUCUGUCUCUCUCUUCUUUUGACUCUCUCAUCAGAGCAAUAACAAUAAUCUGUAUCUAUUAAAGAAAAAGAUAACAAAAGACAAAGGCCUGGGGAGUCAUCGAAAGCAGACUCAGGAUGUUGCCCCAGCAAACGCCGGCCACGGGCUCGUGGGGAGUCCCCUAUAGACCGCCACAGAUUAAGCCUCCGCUGAUCGGCUUCGCUCCUCAGCUAAAGGCUCCGAAGCCGGCGACGCACACACCGAGGGCGCCAGGAUCUGGAGGACGUAAGAUUCUUAGAUAGCCAUCACUAUGCAUUUUCACUUUUUCUGUUUCACAUUUUCUGUUCUUGACCUAGCAAUGAGAAGGAUCCGUAACCUGACCCAACCACCCUACUUCUAGAUUGAACUACAGUGUGAGCAGAAGAGGCACUUCUAGAUUGAACUACAGUGUGAGCAGAAGAGGCCGUUGCUUCGUCGUUCCCAAAACACUCUUAGGAUGAGCGCCUACAAUCUAAACAAUUCUUCAAUCUAAACAAUCUAGUCAACUACACUCGUACAUCUUCAAGGGGACCAACUUAAGUUGUAUAACUACUAUUCUUAUUUCUUCUUCCCCCAGCAGCAACGAGCGACACACGUGGGAAUUAUUCUGGCGGUAAAUCUCGUGUCCAGCAGCCACAGCAACAGCUUCCGCAACCACCGCAGCAACCCACGGUAGUGGCUCCACUUCCACAGCAAAGUAGUCUCGGCACUAUACGAAUGCACGGUAGUGGCCUACUCGUUUCGGGUGGAAGCUCUUCAUCGUCCAGCCAAGUGGGAGUCCAUGCAGCGGUGACAACAAGAACAACAACUGUUAUGACCAUACUAACAUGGAACUACAGUUAAUAGUCUUUUCCACCCCUGGAGUGCGUAGUACAUUCAUUCACUCAUUCACUCAAUGGCUGGUAGAUUUGAUAUUGUAACAGCAACUGAGAUCAGAUCUGAUGUGUAAUGCUGCUGUGACAACAAGACUGGAGAUGUAACAUGCUGCUGUGACAACAAGAACAACAACUGUUAUGACAUGAUAAUAUUGCCGAACAAGAUCUUCAUGCUCAUGACCGUCCCACGUGGCGGUCGUCGGCUCCUAGGAAUCAUGCCGUAGAUCAGGUUCUUCUAACCGACGACCGCCACGUGGGACGAGGACCAAUCCAGGCGCGAAUAGCCAAGCCGCGGGUGAUGGCGCGACGUUGACAGAGGGGAGCCUGGUCGAAAUCCAUGGGAAGCAGCGGACGUGCAUGUACCGCGUUCUGCGGCCUUUGGGAAAAGGCAGCUUUGGUUGCGUUUGGCAGAUAAAACGCGCAGAUGCGCAGUUAGACGGGCAGCCCAGGCGCGAUUUUGCGCUUAAGGAGAUUCGGUGCGUUGGGGAGAAAGCGUACUUCUAAUGGAAUAGAUUUUUGUCAGACCUAUGAUUGGAAAAGGAAAACCAGGACGACUGUGGAUGAAUAGAGUACUCAUAGUGAGAAUGAGGGACUGUUACUUGAUACCCUUGGGUUUGAAAACUAACACGAUUAAUAUGCGUAGGGUAGUUCUAGCUUCUAAUUUCAGUCUUCGAUAAUCGUCCUCAACCACACGAUUCCAGGUUUCGCCAAGCGUUGUUUGAGGUUGAGCUUAUGCGCUCACUUGGGGUAGAGGGUGGAGUGCGGACUCCCGAGUGCGAGGAUUACGAUUAUGACCGACGUUUUAAUAAUAUCCAUACAGCCACGUUUUGAUACAACCGCGUUUUGCGCUUAUCGAAUCUCAAGUAGUGAAUGAAAACCAACAGCAUGCUGAUAGAUAUCUUCGCUUGAGUCAUUAUUUAUUCUAACCACGAAUUGAAUAGGUGCUAUCUUCCCUUCCUCUUCUAACCACAAGUCCGUCAAGUGCGUAGGAACGAGUGGCGCAUUCGUUUGGUUAUGUCACGGCUGCCUGGUGAGCCACUUGAUAGUUGGAUCGAGCGAGCAAGAGCUAGUGAGCGCUCGAGUCCGCGAGCCGGAAGAUUUUGGCGUGACUUCGCAGAAAGUAGCAGAUUGGCCUAUCGACUCUUAGGCCAGUUAGCGCCGACAUUUGACCAAGUGGAAGAGAAGGCCCUGCAUCGCGACGUCAACAGCCACAACAUCCUCAUCUCAUCCUCGACAACGUACCUUAAGGACUCUUCAUACUCCUUGAGGCUUAGGAGGCCUGUAUGAAAGCGUAAUUAAUCAGACCCCGUGCCAGGCACAUCAAUCAAUGAAUCAAUCAAUGAAUCAAUCAAUGAAUCAAUCAAUGAAUCAAUCAAUGAAUCAAUCAAUGAAUCAAUCAAUGAAUCAAUCAAUGAAUCAAUCAAUGAAUCAAUCAAUGAAUCAAUCAAUGAAUCAAUCAAUGAAUCAAUCAAUGAAUCAAUCAAUCAAUCCCAUUGUGGCAUAAGUACUAGUACCUAUCCUCAAACUCAGAAUUGCAGACUACGAGGAAGAUUGUGAUGACUCGGUACGUGAUGACGAUGCUGAAAAUCUCGGUGCUGCAGUGGGGAUGGACUUUUGGUUGAUUGAUUUCGGUUUAGCAGUGAAUGCCAAGGAUUGGCGAGGACGAGACAUGAAUAGGGGGGAUGGGAAGAGUAUACUUAUUUUAUUUUUAUUAAGUAGUUACUUGGCAGUUUGCUGUUCGGAUUUACUAGUUGAUCACUUAGUAGUCUUAAUUCGGUACAUGAGGCUCCGUUUUUAUGGACCUUCUUGUGGUAUCAUGAGUCAACAGAGUACAUCCAAUUCACGCUUUCAUCCAUGCUUAAGCACCCCUCAGGUUCGAUUUUCGGCGAUCCGCGCAGUACCUCCCAGCGUGCAGCAGUUGCUCUAGAUAAUACAGGGACACACGAUGGGCUUUGGAAAGCCUUUGACAUUGGAGGAGACUGCAAGUAUUGGCCAGCCAGCUCCUGGAAACAGUUUCUCUAUGGGUGGAAAUACCUGCAGAGCAGUACUCCUUUUUGAGAAAAUUUAGUAAUAGUCGCUUAGGUUUCUUCAGUUAGAAAAUUUGUCAAUGUGUGAAGAUGUAGUUGUGCCGCUUAUCAGAAAAAUGUGGACCAUGUUCUCCUCCUCGAUCUGGAUUAUAGUUUGUCGCGGAUCAUCUUUCUACAACUUGCCAUGGGAAGGUUCUCCUUGUCCUCUUGGGUGAUGAUUCAGAAGUACCCUCUGAUCCCUCUGUUGCAAUACCCUCUGGUAUAUUUAACAAACCCACAGGUAGAGACGACUGUGCUCAGUACCGCACACGCUUAGACCAUUUCGCUAUGGGCAUUACCUGUCUAGAACUGCUAUUUCACCUGUGCGAUCGCAUAGAGGAUGAGCGUGGCGAGACGACAGCUUCUAUCAAUUAUGACCAUGGGCGAAAUGAAUGUAGAUGUACUGUUCUUCAUGAGAGAGUGCCACUGUAGAUGUACUUUUUAACAUGAUAGAUUAAAGUGCCCGCAUUCUAGAAAAGAGAUGAAUGUAGAUGUACUGUUCUUCAUGAGUGCCCGCAUUCUUGCCUCUAGAAAAGUUGUUGUUACUUAUAAAUAUCGUGUUAGUUGUUACUUCCUCAGUGUUUGCUCAAGAACUCUAAGCCUUACUUCUGGACGACGCAGAAGACCAGCCGACGCCAGAGCUCGCGCGUUUGAUCCUCGAUGCACAUUCCGCAUGGAGGCAGUACUGGCGAGACGCGACCAAGGUACUAGUACUUUGAUGACUUAUAUUAAAGGAGAAAAACUUACUAAGUUUGAGCUGAAUAGUAAACUUUGCCCGUCGUCAAACUAUUUUCACUUCUAAAAUAUCACUGCACCGGUCAGCUUUCACCUCACCAAAUCUAGGCUAAUCUGGUGCAACAAAUGAUUACCAUUGCACAGAUCUGGCAGUCAUUGUUUUCGACUUUCAAGGGGACGAGCGGCAAGGACUGGCAGCAGUUGAAGCAGCAGUUUUGUAAGGAGAAUGUGAGUGAAGUAUGCGGUCGGAACGUGAACAGGCUGAAGGAUACCCUAGGCGCAUGUGCUUUAGCCGCGUCGGAGACGGGCGCAGAGUGGCGCUACUUGAGCACCUUGCUCUUCCUUCUGCGAGACUUGAUAUCUGAGCGUGGACGCGUCUCAUGGCGUGACAUGGGCGUUCUCUUGGGGUCAAAAGGGACUUCCUCUUCCACCACAAACAGGGCGACCGCGACUAGAAGCGCAAUCGAACAAGCGAGACGUGGUGAGCAACCUGUUCUACUGAAUGCAGACCUAGGAUCAACAGGGGGUGGCGGGAGUGGAACUGUGGCAUUGGGCGAUGUUAUGGCUCCCUUUCAACUAUUGUACUCGUUAAUCGACUCUGUAGACGAAGAAGAAUACUCAUGUCUAGCUGACUAUCGAUAUUCAAUAGGAAGACUCAGCCUGCUACUUGCACAUCAUCACAUGACUGCUAAGGGAUGUGCUUGGAAUAAGUAGCUGUGGCAUUGAGCGAUGUUAUGGUCUGAUUCCACAUCAUCACAUCACUGCUAACGAAUGUACUUAAUAGACUACAAGUAGCUGCUCUAAUCAAUGCACAGGAGUUGCCAACGGGACUGAAGGUUGUGGAGACGCGCGCUCUUUUUCUGCGACAUCUGUCAGUAGUACGCGGUCCUCCGCCACAACUUCCUACUCGACUAACAGUAGUACCGCCUCUGCCCGAAGUGCCUCGGAAAGGCGUGAGAAUGAUGCCACAUUAAGGCUUAUGCCGUAAUUCCUCUUAGUGAGCUUCUUUGACCUUGACCCUUUUAUUAUAACAAGGGAAAAUUUAAGCUAAAGCUAAAGGGUCGUGCUUUACAAGAAGAUGAAUCAUUCGUAUGUAUGUAAAAAGAGCAAUUCAAAGAUAGAUGCUUUUCAAAGUGAAUGUCGGCAAGGUCUAAUCUUCACAGGAGAGGGGCCAGGACCUUCAUCUGCUAACGGCGGAUCCACUAGCCAACACAGUACUAGAAGUUCUGCCUCCUCUGCGCGCAGUCGCGCGUCGCAGCACAGUAGGCAAGCCUUGCAGAACGCACUAGUUCAGGCGUACAGAAGCAGUCUGGCCCAACCAGUCGUGACACCUGGUUUAGCCGGACCGCAAGCAAAAGUAACAGUGAUGCCACCUUAAGGACCGCCAACGAUGGAAGAAGAAUAUCACGAUACCUCCUUGACUAGUUAUACUAGUUAUUCCUAGAAAUACAGCAGGAGCGAACAGAGGCUCUUAGCUAGCCUGAUAGCGGUAUUUAAGUUUUUACCUUACCCUCUCAUGGGUAUUCUACAACCAUACCCCACGAAUGGGUACACUACUACUUCUACUACUACUUCUAGCACUCAUCUUGCUGUUUUUUACCAUUUUCGCAUACAGCUCUAAUCUUCUCCAUUGCAAAAGGGUUUCGCCAGUGGUCCAGCUGUUCUACAUCUCGGUCCCGCUACGGUUAAGAACUGCCUCACCCGUGGGCAUAGUCUGAUUGAUUGCAGUUUUUCUCCGCAGCGCCGUGUGAAGAGCUGCGCUGAUCAUGGGGGCCUAUUUCGAACUGCGAGUGAUACUAGCCGUCCUCCAAACGGUGCUCCUGCUGCUCCGAAGUGAGGUUAUCAGAGGAGACUCCGAGUGUAGCUAAAACCUCGAUGUGCAAGUCAAGGUCCUAGUAAGUUGCUCUGGUGAAACAACGUAAUCCAUCGUUCGUGCACCUUUUCAUCUUGGUUUUUUUAGGAAAAACAACUAAAAACAAAUGACCUCCAAAUAAUCCAAUAUUAACUACCUGACACUAAGUCGACCACCGAUACCGUCUCAAUAACCGUGGCUCUCAUCCAAAUCCGAUACCGAUCACUUACUUACCUUGUAGGCCACUGUCCACAGGACGACCAUCGCCUCAGAUAUCAAUAUUUUGUCUACCCGUCUCUCGCUAGACUUAUUGCACACCCGUCUUUUGACCGGGUAUCUUGUCAUUAAUGACUAGGAUCAAAAUUAAUACUUAUUCGAAAAACUGAAAUAAGCAAGUAACUGAUCAGAAUAACCGGGAGACUGAUGAGAAGGAAGGGUAGCCUUGAUGUUAAGCUACGCCCCUUAUUUCAGUCAGUAACUCGGUUACUUCAGUUUUCCGAGUACCACCGUCAGUUACACGCUGUGCUUGUCGUGGAACUUUUUUUGACUUGGAGGCCUGUUGGUGAACCCUGCAGGACUUCGUCAAUGGGAUUGACGCUGCUGAUGUCUCCUUCUGUUUGACAUUGGUGGAUGGUGGCGUCGUUUUUGCCUCUCUCAACUACAAUUUCGUUCCCUCGCCUGGCUCCGUCGUCAGGGGUGUGCAGUCAACCUGUAUCUUUUGACGAUCUGUCUACACUGUUACAGCUGGGUAAGGGUAUAUAUCUCACUCUUACAACAUCUAAAAAGUAUAUCCGUUUGCUAGUGCAACCCAUAGAUUUUUUUGUUUGUUUUUUACGCUUCGUUCUCGCCUCCUGAUUAGAAAGUACUAAUGGUAAGAAGUUCGUUGUAAAUAAGUACGUUACAGCUGGUUGGAAAAUCAAAAAUUGGAUUUAUUUUGUAAUUCUUCAACUACAUUGUAUUCUUCUCGUUGUAUUCUGCUUAACAAAGUUUGUCGUGUUGAUCUAUUUCGUUGCAGUUCUAUUUCGUUGGUCACAAUGUUGUAUUCUCGUUUUCGCAAGUGCUAAUGGGAGAAGACAAGAGUACUUAAGACGAAUAAUAUUAAGGGUAGGGUAAAGGUGCUUUUGUUCCCGCUUUUUAUGCCUUUCCUAAGGGAGAAAGGCAGAAAAAGCGGGGUCCACGAGCACCUCCAAGACCCUACCUCUAAUAAUAAAACUUUUAGCACCAUAUUGCUUGGUCGAAAUUUUUAGCAUAGGCAAGGUUUAGGUGUACACAUACUAGAAGAUAGCGCAAAAAAUUUUAUGUCAUCAUGAGUAUGACCGCCACUCGUAUGGGAAACUACCGGAAGGAUUUAGGUGGUGGUCGCGGAAGAACCUAUUAUCUAGACUGUGGUGGACCGGUUAGAAUUUGUAAACAUGAUUUGUUCAACAUUGAUUAUAAGGGUAAGCAUCUUCAUAUUAUGAUGCAAGCAUGACAAAAUGUAUUAAGUUUAUUAAGUUUAACGUUUUAUGUACACCGACGAAUAAGAAAAGUCAAUGUUUCUACCAUGUCCAUGGCGGAAUGUGUCCAUGGCGGACAACAUUCAAGUUUUUUGAGCUGAGUAGAAAAUACACUUACACAGACAUGCUAUGAAGAAAUGACUCAUCGAUCAUAGGUUUACCUGAGAAGAAGGAAACUUGAGAAGCCAGAAUAGGAAUUCAGAAACUCCUAUAACCUGCACCAGUAGAUAUGACGUUUGCUCAUCCUCGACAAGGGAUCUUAACACCACUCGACAUCAUGCUUCAGCAUCAUAUUGUCCUUCAUACUCAGCAAUAUUUUUAAGCGUCCACACAGCAACAUACGUCCACGCGAUUAUACUGGCGUGCCUCCGAUCAUGGUAAAGAGCAAGUUUGAUGCAUGAGUGUAGAC